AACUUUUACAAGAACAAUGGAAAUUGAUCAAUGGAACAAGAUGAAACCGAUUAAAAUAAAAAAUGUCAUCAAAUUGUUUCGUCUACUUUCAGCGAGCUUUCGAUGCAGAACUUAAUCAGUGAUGUCUUGGGCAAACAAUAAAGCUACGGUGAAUCCACAAAUUGUCCAAAAGAUUCUUGAUGAAAAUGCGCAGCUAAUUCAGGCAAUUGUCGACUACCAAAACAAGGGAAAGGCAGCAGAGUGUGUUCAGUAUCAACAAUUGUUGCACAAGAACUUAAUGCAUCUGGCCAGCUUCGUUGACUUAGGUCAAAGCAUUCAAGGAAUAUUGCCUCCUGUAGCUACAUCUUCAACUGCAAUGGGAGGACCUUCAGGGAUCAUGCCUGGCAAUUUGAUGGAUAAAAAGGGAACUAUUGGUUCACCUAUGGAUCAGGGUAAUUCAGGAUUGCCAAUCACAAUCAACUCACAAGUAGCAGCCCCAAUUUCAAAUGAUGAUAUAGCUUUUGGAAUAAACUCAAGUAUGACUUCAUCAAUGGGCAAAAGUCAAACCACAGCUUACCCAGGAAAUGUGAACAUGAUGUCUCACAACAUGGCUAUUCCCAACUCGACAAUGAUACAAGGACAACAACAAAAUUACAUGUCUAACAUGCAUGUAACUCACCCAAUGCAACAAGGUGCCAUCAGAGGUUACAACAGACCUUCUGUACCAAUGCCACAAUCACAAACCCAAAUAAGCCAAGCGUACAUUGGAAAUCAACCUACAACAGGUCAAACAGGUUUAUCAGGAAUGAUCUCUUACCAACAAAGUAACCAGGCCUUUGAUCCUUAUAAACAAAUACAGCACAUGACGUCUGCUUAUAACCCAUAUGGUACUCAAUGAAAAAUUUGAAAUAUUUUCAUAUCUGGAGGUUUAUAAAAGAUAUGUAUAUUAUGACAGAGCAAUAUUGUUAAAGUAAAUAAUAGUGAGAAUAUUUGAUUAUGAAAUAAUUUAUUCCUACAUGAAGUUCAUAGAAAAAAAACAAAAUGAAAAACAUUGAAACAGAAAGCUAUGGUAGAAUUCGAUUUUAUUUGCAAAUUGCAUUAACACACAAGUGUAAAAAAUUUCAUUGAAACUGCAUCGAGGAUGAAAAAACAUAUAGUUUAAUUAACAAGUGCAAUACAAUAA